CAUUGGCCACUUUUCAAUCAUAGUACCGUCAUCAACCGAUCGGUGUGAAGAGAAUUGAACAGCAAUACGCAGAAGCUGAAGGUGUUCCUUAGUGUUAUCUUAGUGAGAAGUUCGAAAAGAAGCUACGCAACCAAACGACAUGUUCCGAGCAAUUAUCUUUGUGACGCUGUUUGCGGUGUGCUUUGCCGGGUACAUCCACCACCGGCAGGAUGACGAUGAGGUGGCCGAAACCGAGCACCAUCACAACAUCGAGCACAAGCAUGCCACCUCGCAUCAGAGCUUCAAGAUCCAUCACUUCCACGCCGUCCCGGUGUACGUCAAGAAGGAGGACCAGCAGUUCCUGAAGCACCCGGUUGAGGUGUCCGGAAUCAAGCACAACCUGAAGAUCGUCCACCCGGAAACCGAGCACAACCACGGUCACGGUCUAACCCUGGAGAACCACAGCGAGUUCGACAGCAAACUGCACGGAGGCUACGGACACGAUCUGGGCCAUGCCGGUUCGGAGCACGUUGCCGCCCAGGACUACGGUCACCACCAGGAGUACGAACACCACCAGCACCACUACGGCCAGCUGGAGGAACAGGAAGAGAACUAAAAGGUGUCUGCCACCAAGGAGGGUCCUCUCACCCUGACGCCCUCAACUGACUGUUAUUGGAUAAUGUUGUGUACACUACUUGUGAUAUAGUCAAUUUUUCUACUAUUUAAACCGAGUUCCGCUGUCGUUCGUAUUCUACGCGCGUACCGAAAUGCGUGCCAUUAUUGCAGCAGAGAUUGCAGCGAAGGGAACUUGAUUCGAGUGCAGGAAUAACUCCCACUUGGAUGCAACCAUGACAAAUCGUAUUUAAAUUAUCAAACCAUGACAUCAUCCGUUGUUAACUAUUGUUUCCCAUAUUUGUUACGAAUCUCACCUAAUGAAGACUUAAUAAAAAGGAAAAUCAUUUAAUUAUUUAAAAA